GCUCUUCUCGACGCAGAGGCCCCUCGAUUCGGAUCAUCCACAUCUCCCUCUGUCCAAAUCUAACAAAACCGACGUCAAAUCUUCACAAAUCAGACCAACCCAUUUCGUAAUCCCGCCCCAAAAAUCCCAAGCUGCUGUUUUUAUCCGUCUUCACCGAACGCUUGGUUAAUGCCGAUGAUUACAACGAAAUGGACGUAAAUUUCGCUUGCGUGAGCUUAGUCAUAGCAUGCACUGGGUGGAUACGUGCGUGAGAUAGGAGCUGCGAGGUGAGGGCGAGGCUUGUCGGAGUUAGCGAUGGCGAAUCAGGUAGUCAAAGUGAAGAGGGAAACGAUUGCAGCAUGCAUGACCUGCCCACUCUGCAACAAGUUGUUCAGGGAGGCCACCACUAUAUCUGAAUGCCUGCAUACGUUUUGCAGGAAGUGCAUAUAUGACAAAAUUACAGAUGAGGAAUUGGAAUGCUGUCCAAUAUGCAAUAUUGAUUUGGGCUGUGUUCCGCUGGAGAAAUUGAGGCCAGACCAUAGUUGGCAAGAUGUAAGGGCUAAAAUUUUCCCUUUGAAGAAAACAAAGGCAAAGGCACCAGAAGUUGUCCCCUCAGAACCAUUACCAGCUAGAAGAAAGGAAAGAUCACUUUCAUCUUUGGUUGUCAGCACCCCCAGAGUAUCAACACAGGCAACCAUGACAGGCAGAAGAACAAAGCCUACAAGGAAGGCUAGUGCUUUACGCUCCACUAGUUUUUCCAUUGAAAAACCCAUUGUAAAAGAGGAAGAUUCAAUCGAAGAUCAUCCAGAGAGUUCAAGCUCCCAUGAUACCUCCAACAAGGUUGCUCAGACUACUAGACAGAACUCGUCCCCUCAUGAUGCAAGCCAAUCUGUUCCCAAUAAGGAGAAAAAUAAUGGGGCUGAACAUUGGGAAGCAAAAUUGGAUCUUUGGAAACCUUUGAAUUGUUUGGUGGAGGUUGCAAGUAGAAGUAAAUCUCUCAAGUCCAACAUGCAAGGAUGUGAUGCUAAACAAGAACCUAUUCAAAUAAAUGAGAAUGAUUCUCAAAUACAAAAAUCCAAAAUUAAGGACAUCAAACGAAAGUCAAAAGUUGAGGAUGAAAAGAUCGUCACAGAUCCUGCUUCUACAGAUACAGCAAAAGCCAAUAAAUUGCGUAGAAAUCGCCGAAAAAAAGAACCUGUUGUGGGUGAAUCAAGCAUAUCACCCCAAGCUGUGCUGGAUGCAAACAGUGCUAAAAUGAAAGAAAGAACUGGUCCAAUAUGGUUCUCCUUAGUAGCUUCCGACGACCAGGACAGAGAUGCACCACUACCUCAAAUUCCUGCAAGUUACUUGAGAAUAAAGGAUGGAAACAUGCCUGUCUCAUUCAUCCAGAAGUACCUAAUGAAAAAAUUAGAUCUGACCAGUGAAGAUGAGGUUGAGAUUAAAUGCAUGGGACAACCAGUGGUCCCUACAUUGCAACUAAAUAACUUGGUUGACUUGUGGCUGCAAACAACAUCAACAUCACAGAGAAUCCCAGCAGCCAUUGGAUCAUCAGCAAAAGAUUUUGUUAUGGUCCUGACCUAUGCUCGCAAGGCCCCGCCUCCUUGAUCCAUCUGCUUCCUCAGUCUGUCUCUGUUGCAGUAUAAUCACCUUCUUCAUCCUUCUUCUUCUUCCUCAUUCUGUCCCCGCCGCAGUACAAAUCAUCUCCCUCACCGGGCAUGUAUGCUGAAACAUGCCUUUGAUAAUGUUUCCUGUCACCAUAUGUUGCUUUUAGCCGCAUUGUUGAGGAGAAUAAGAUAGGCCACAUAAGUUCUGCCUUCAAUAUAACUUGUUUUUUUCAAGUGCAUGCUUCGGUUUU